CACACACUAAUAAUUUCCCAUUGGAGAGAGAGAAAAAGGAGAAGAUUGAGAGAGUUAUACGGAUCACCCCCAAAAGUAUUGUAAUAAUCCGAAAAUCAAAUCCAAAUUUUUCUUUUUACUGAUUCACUUUCUCAAGGAAAAAAUCAAAAAGGGAAAAAAGAACAGAGAAAUGAGCAGUGCAGAACCAGAGCUUCUCACCAUCGAUCCUCUUGAGCUCAAAUUCGCAUUUGAGCUGAAGAAACAGAUAUCUUGUUCCCUUCAAUUAUCAAAUAAAACUGAAAAUCAUGUGGCAUUCAAGGUUAAAACGACGAAUCCGAAAAAGUACUGUGUUCGUCCGAAUACAGGCAUUGUUUUGCCUCGAUCCACUUGUGAUAUCAUCGUAACAAUGCAAGCACAGAAGGAGGCCCCUGCUGACAUGCAAUGCAAGGACAAAUUUCUACUUCAGAGUGUCGUUGCAAGUGCUGUUACCAAUCCAAAAGACAUCACCCAAGAAAUGUUCAAUAAGGAGCCUGGACGCGUUGUGGAAGAGUGCAAAUUGAGAGUAAUUUAUCUUCCACCGCCACAACCACCAUCCCCCGUGGCAGAAGGAUCAGAAGAAGGUUCUUCACCAAGACAGUCCUUGACAGAGAAUGGCAAUCAAAAUGGUUCUGAGCUCACAAGAACAUUUCUUGAAACUCAUGACAAAUCUACAGAGGCAAAGUCUGUUAUUUACAGAUUGACGGAGGAGAAAGCUGGUGCUCUACAUCAGAGCAACAGACUUCGUCAAGAAUUGGAACUUCUGAGGCGCGAUAUCAGCAAAAGCUGCAGUGGUGGUGUUUCGUUCAUGUUUGUCAUCGUCAUUGGCUUGAUUGGUGUAGUUUUGGGCUACAUUCUCAAAAGUUCAUGAGCAGUCACCAUAUACUCCAUUAAAAUGUUUGUUUCUCAACCUCAGAGAAUCAUUGUGGAGAAAAAAAGAAGAGAAGCUAGCCAAAUGAUUGAAACAACUGUGAUUUUGUCUUAGUUUAGCUGCACUCUUUAGUAGGAAAAAAGUUGUCUAGCUGGUCUUUCGUUUGCCUGCAAUCUCUCUGUAAAAGUGUGAUUGGCUCAAAAAGAAGUUGCUAACCAAGUAUUAUGGAUGAUAAUCCUAGCUUGAAAUUUUUUCAUAAUAACUUUGUGUAUCUAUUUGACUGGAUAAAAUAGUUUGAUUCUAGCUAUGGUAGACAAAGUUAUCUGGUA